UCGGCGCCUGCGCGCUGGGGCUCGGGGCUCGGCGGGGAACGCUGCGAAGCGCCCGGCCGCGGUCGCGGUCGUUUUUGUACCUUCCCGCGCGGGCGCUGGCGCUGCCAACUGAAGGCGGGCGGGGCUGCGCGCGAUUAAGACGGCUCGGGCGCUGCCGCCAUGAAGGUGAAGAUUAAGUGCUGGAACGGCGUGGCCACUUGGCUGUGGGUGGCCAACGACGAGAACUGCGGCAUCUGCCGGAUGGCCUUCAAUGGCUGCUGUCCGGACUGCAAGGUGCCGGGCGACGACUGCCCGCUGGUGUGGGGCCAGUGCUCGCACUGCUUCCACAUGCACUGCAUCCUCAAGUGGCUCAACGCGCAGCAGGUGCAGCAGCACUGCCCCAUGUGCCGCCAGGAGUGGAAGUUCAAGGAGUGAGCCGCCGGCCGCGUGGGCGGGACGGGUGCCGCGCGCUGCUGUCUCUGCUCGGUCACGACGCCGACACCUUCAUCCAAUAAGUGGAACUCAUUAAACUGCCGGGCCUUGCCGGAGGCCUCUGGGUGCCUGUGAGCGUGGCGCUGACGCGGCCUCGGCCUGCACGGAUAUGAGACGUCUCAUGAAUAAACAUCCCGCGGAGCUGCCA